CCUUCUGUCUCCGUCUUUUUCCUCUCACCUCUCUUUCUCCAAAAUAUUGAAGCUUGCAAAAACCCUGAGCAGCAGCAGCAGAAGAGACAAAAACCCAAAAAGAAAAAAAAAAGUUACUUGGUAGCUAGCACAAGUUAGGGUAUUAUAAUAUUAACUGAUAAAUAUUAUAUAUAUAUGCACUAUAUAUAUAUAUAUAUAGUGGUGAAUAGUUUGAGUUGAAAGCUAGCCAAAGCAGAUGCAACGGGCAGCUGGCGGAAGCAGCAGUGGCGGCGGAGAAGUGAGUCGGGGAGGCGGGCUCGGCCGGUUCUGCUCGGCGCCGGCGACAUGGUUAGAGGCACUGCUUGAGGAGGAAGAAGAAGACCCAUUGUAGCCCACCCAGUGCUUAACUGAGCUUCUUGCUGAAAACACAGGAGCCACAUCAGUAGGGUUUGGUUCUACGACAGUGGAUCCAGUGUCGUAUGAAGCUGCCGCCGCUGCUGGAUUUCUUAGCCGACAGAACAGCUCUCCGGCGGAGUUUCUGGGGAGUUCGAACGACGGGUCGGAAGGGUAUUUCUCGGGGUUUGGAAUUCCGGCGCACCUCGACUUUGUGUCCUUGUCCCCAAAUAGCUCUUCUCCUUCUGCUAACAAGAGGGUUCGGGAGGUGAAAUUGGAGGAAGGUGGAUUGGAGGAUGCAGUGCCUUGCAGGGUUAGGGCCAAGCGUGGUUGUGCUACGCAUCCUAGGAGCAUUGCUGAAAGGGUCCGGAGGACUCGAAUCAGUGACCGCAUAAGGAAGCUUCAAGACCUUGUGCCCAACAUGGAUAAGCAAACUAAUACUGCUGAUAUGUUAGACGAGGCAGUGGAGUAUGUGAAGUUUCUUCAGAAGCAGAUUCAGGAACUUUCAGAGCAUCAGCGCAGAUGCAAAUGCAUAGCUAAAGAAUAACCAGAAGGUAUCCAAAAUGCGUUCUCCCCCUCCCAAUUCCCUAGUACCGUUUAGUUUUUAGUGUAAUUAUUAGAUUUAUUAAUUUCAGCCAAGGUUCAUCAUGGUGCUGGUAUGUUGAUAAUGGUUCCUAAGAGAAUACCCUGUAAUUUCGAGAUAUACUGUAUUGUGUGUUGCAUUCUUCUGCAAUAUUUAGAUGUAAUAGUGCCCAUACCUAGAGUCCAUGAUUUUGCACUUAGCUGCUUCCACUUGGAAAAGUUCAAUCAGUAAGAUUGUGGUUUCCACUUCAAAUGAAACAAAGUAUUGUUGUAGUUUUAAACUAGUAUGGCAAGAUUAUUAUUUUUUAUUUUUAGCAUGCUUUCAAUCAGCUUCCCCAAUUAUUAAUUUGUGA